AUGGCUUCGGUUAAAGAGCUGCUCCUUGCCACUUUGGAAGAGCUGCUUCUGGAGCAGCUCAAUACUUUCCAGUGGUACCUGACCAGUAAUGUUCUUGAAGGAUUCGAUCAUAUUCCAAGGGGCCGGAUCGAUGGAGUCAACAGAACAAGCACUGUGGAUCUUUUGGUGGAUACAUAUGGCUAUAAUGGUGCUAUUACUAUCACUGUGGCUGUACUGCUGAAGAUGAAACUCAAACUGCGGGCUGAAACACUACAGAAGAAGUAUGCUGAAGUUCCCAGCAAUCAAGAAGGCAAAGAAACUGACCAUCAUCAAAUCCAAGAAAGACUAAAAUCCACUUUGCGGGAAAAGUGCCAAAACAUUUAUGAGGGCAAUGCAGAUGAAGGGGACACGGUGUACCUGAACAAAAUCUACACAGAGCUGCACGUGAUCGAAGGAGCCUGGGGAGGAUUCACUGAGGAGCAUGAGGUCAGACAACAGAGGUCUACCCAUGUGACAACAGAAGAAACCACCAUCAAAGCUAGCGACAUUUUUAAACCCAAACCCAAACAAGAGAAGCGAAUCAGAACCGUGCUUACUCAGGGCAUACCUGGAGUAGGUAAAACUUUCUGUGUACAGAAGUUCACCCUAAGCUGGGCAGAAGGAGAGGAAAAUCAGGACAUCACCUUCCUUUUUCUACUUCCUUUCCGUGAGCUUAAUCCUAACAUAGGUGGGACAGACUGCAGUCUGAUGCAACUUCUUCACCAGUUCUUCCCCGUGAUAAAAGCACUUGAGAAGCUGGGAACAGACUGCAAAGUCCUCUUCAUCUUUGAUGGCCUGGAUGAGACUCUUCUCCCCUUGAACUUCAAACAAAACAAGGUCUUGAGAGAUGAGACAGAGCCGGCCUCACUUGAUGUGCUGAUCACAAACCUCAUCACAGGAGAUCUGCUUGGAAACGCACUAAUUUGGAUCACCUCCAGGCCUGCAGCAGUCAGCCGAGUCCAUCGGAAGUACAUCCACCAGUGGACAGAGGUGAAAGGCUUCGCUAAUGACCAGAGGGAGGAAUACUUUAAGAGACACUUGCACGAUGAUAAACUUGCCAUCAGGAUCAUCAACCAUGUGAAGUCAUCACGGAGCCUCUACAUCAUGUGCCAAAUACCAGUUUUCUGCUGGAUCGCUGCCACUGUAAUGAAAAAGAUGCUGCGUGACAAUGUGCCUGGAGGUAUGCCCAACUCUCUAACUGAGAUGUACAUUUACCUCCUCCUCUGCCAGACAGACCGGAUGGUCGAAGGGCCCGACCCGAUGAACAGCGACAAUGUUGUUUUAAAGCUGGCAGAGCUGGCUUUCCGUCAACUGGAGAAAGGGAAACUGAUCUUCUAUGAGGCAGACCUGAAAGAGUGCGGCAUGAGUAUCGAAGAAGCCACCAUCUACACAGGAGUUUGCACUGAGAUCUUCACUAUGGAAGGAAAAAGAAGACAAGAAGUUUUUAGCUUUGUGCAUUUGACCAUCCAGGAGUUUUUGGCAGCUGUGCAUGUCCAUUACUCAUACAUGCAACGAAAGGAAAAUGUUCUUCUUGGGUACCUGAAAAGAAUGUCAACAAAACUGCUACCCAAGUCUGUAUUCAGUUUGCAUAAAACUGCCAUCGAAAAAGCCUUGGAGAGUCCGGAUGGCCGCUGGGACCUCUUCCUUCGCUUCCUGCUGGGACUCUCACUGAAGUCCAACCAGGAGCUCCUUAAUAGAGUGUUGCAUAUGGAAGGAGACGGAGAGGAAGACAUUGCAAAAACCGUACAGUUCAUCAAGGGGAAGAUCAAUGAAGAUCCAGAAGCUAAGCUCAACUUGUUCCACUGUCUGAGUGAGCUCAAAGAGGAAUCUCUAGUGCAGGAGAUCCAGACCUUUAUGAGCUCUGGGAGGCUUGCGGCUAAAAAGUUGUCUCCAGUCCAGUGGUCUGCUCUCACCUUUGAGCUGAUGACUUCAGAGGCAACCGAGGAGGAGUUUGACCUGAAGAAGUUCAUAAGAUCAGAAGAGGGGAUAGUAAAGCUGCUGACUGUCAUUACUUCCUCCACACGUGCUCUGCUGGAUCGUUGCAACCUCACUGUGAACUGCUGCGAAGUUUUGGCUUCUGCACUUAGCUCGACCGCCACACGUUUAACAGCUCUAGACCUGAGUGUCAACAAUCUCACGGAUUCAGGGGUGAAGCUGCUGUCUGUUGGAUUAAGGAGCUCACACUGCAAACUGAGGAGCUUAAGAUUACAUAAGUGUAAACUGGAAGGAGGCUGCUGUGAAGCGCUGGCUGGUGCUGUCAGCACAGAAUCUUCUCGCCUCAGAGAUCUGGAUCUGAGUGCUAAUGACUUGCAUGAAGCAGGACUGAAGGCUCUGUGUGUGGGACUGUGCAGCCACCACUGCAAACUGGAAACUCUGAGGUUGAACCAGUGCAAGCUGAGAGAGAGCUACUGUGCAGAUUUGUCUUCAGUUUUAAACUCAGAGUCAUCUAACCUAAAAACUCUUGACCUGAGUAACAACAGCUUGAACGAUUUUGGUGUGUCUGUGCUCGCUGUUGGACUGAGGAGUCCACACUGUACACUGGAAACACUCAGCCUCAGCCAGUGUGACCUGACGCAGAAAAGCUGCGAUGCCAUUGGCUCAACUCUCAGUUCAGACUCCACCCUCCUCAGAGAGCUGGACCUGAGUGGAAACAACCUACAGGGCAUAAAGCCACUGUGCUCUGGACUCAGGAGUCAGCACUGUAAACUGGAGACGUUAAGAUUAAGUGAGUGCAAUCUCCAGGAAUGCUGUGCUGAUUUGGCCUCAGUCCUCAGCUCCAGCAGCUCCAACAUGAGGGAGCUGGAUCUGAGUGGCAAUGACCUGCAGGAUGUAGAGGUGAAGCGGCUGUGUGUUGGACUGGCAAGUCCAGACUGUACACUGGAUACACUGGGGCUGUCAUUCUGUGGGGUCACAGAGGAGGGCUGCACUCAUCUGGCUUCUGCACUGAGCUCCAACCCGUUCCAUCUGAGACAGCUGGACCUCAGCUACAACUACCUGCAGGACUUUGGAGCGAAGCUGAUCUCUGUUCAUCAGGAUGACCCUCUCUGUAAACUGGAAAAACUCUGUGUGGACCAUAAUGCUGAAUGUUACCUGAAAUCAAAGCUGAAGAACCAUGCAUGCACACUGACACUGGACACCAACACAGCUGCCAAGUCUCUCUUCCUGUACGACGGGGGAACCCAGGUGACGUGGACCAGGGAGGGACAGCAGUACCCAGACCACCCUGAGAGGUUCGAGAGCGUCUCCCAGGUGCUCUGCCACCAAGGCCUCACCCAGCGCCACUACUGGGAGGUGGAGUGGCGAGGACGCUGGGUGGACGUUGCCGUGGCGGUGAGGGGAAUCCGUCGCAGGGCCAGCUCUCACCUCUGUGGGUUUGGAUACACUGACCAGUCCUGGAGUCUGUACUGCUCUGAGGAUCACUACAGCGCUCAGCACGACCACCAGCCUGUGGAAAUACCAGCACCUCCGUCUCGCUCUCAUAGGGUCGGAGUUUAUCUGGACUGGCCGGGUGGCACCCUGUCCUUCUAUAGUGUGUCCUCUGGGACUCUGAGACACCUUCACACAUUCUACAGUAACUUCACUGAGCCCCUCUACCCCGGGUUUGGGAUGGAGGAGGAUGACUGCUCGGUGACUAUUUGUAAAGUGGUGGGCAUGCAAGGAGUCAGCUCUCAGUCUGCAGAUAGUGAAAUCUGAGUGAUGGAGCAAAUGGUGUGUUUAUGCUCACAGCAAUAAUACUUGUAAAUGAUAGGUUCUGAUACAGUAAGCAUGAAAAAUUCAGAUGGGAUUACAUGAAAAUUUGGAGAAUCAUCAAAGUUAUCAACGGUAUUAGUUAAUAAUGUCACGAUCAGCAUUAGUGUAGACUUGACCCUUGGGAGGGAACACAAUAAACAGAUGUCUGGUCACCUGGGAACUGCAGUGUUGCUCUAGUAUGGUGGUAAUAUAAUCACUGCUACAAUGCCAUAGUGAGUUUGAAUAGCAAUACAGAUAUCUGCAACAUGAUUCUGCCUAUUCAAAACUCUAAUUAAAAAAAUCUGUACUUGCAUUUUAACUAUGCAGAAUUCCAGUUUGACAUAUCUAAAUCUACAGUCUGAUGAGUUAAAACUUAAUUUAAGAUAUAUAAAAAGAGUAAUGUAGAAAUCUUCUUAUGAGGGAAAUUCAGGAUAUGUUGAACUACAUAUAUGACUAGUCAGAAUGAACUAUAGAUAUCCAAAAGUGGAAUUAAUACUUACUUAUAUACUUUUUAAUAUCUAUAGAAAAAUCCAAACCAAAAACAGCAAAAACUGAAUUUCGUUCCUCUUUGGAUUUAAACAAUAGUAGUAUCCCUUGCUGUGUCACAGGCAUAAGAAACAAUGAACAUGCUAAUACUUGUAAUCAGCCUGCACAAAAUUGUGAAUUCCUUAUUUUUGAAAUGGUACUGUGUCAGGUGUAUACAAUACAGCAUGCUGUGUUAGUUUGACUAGUUCGACACACCCUCAAAGAAUGAGUAGUUUCGGUCGAACUACUUUUGCAAGACCUUCAUUCUUAUACUCAGCAAUGUGAGGUUACAGUGUGACCUUUCCUUGUCAAACCCAGCUGACCAGUCAGACCUGACUGGUCUUUUCUGGAGGAGUGUAAUAAACAGAAAGGAGGUAAAAGUGAGCAUUUCAGACAGCUGCUGCAAUGUACAGAACUGCGAAAAAGGAUGUCGUUUGAGUAGUAAAGCAUGUAAAUAUAUUUGAGUUGUGGAGUUGAACAUUUCAAAUCUUUAAGUGAGCAUAAUAUGGGCUCCUUAAAGCAGAUAAAAAGUGACUUGGAGACAAACCUUGAUUAGUGUUGGAAAUCAGCCUAUUCUGAAAUUAAUCACAAAAGAAUAAAGCAAUGUGUCAGGCUGUUUCCUCCAGUUCUUUUGAUGGAGCAGUCAGGAGAAUUCAA